AUGGCUAUCAAGAACCCUCGAUCGCACGACGAUUACAUGGUUGGAUGGAUCUGUGUGUUGCUGCUGGAGAUGGCGGCUGCAAAACUGAUGUUGGACGUAAUAUAUCUGACUUUAUCUAUUCUACUGAUAGAUCAAAAUACAUAUAUUCUUGGAAAUAUUGGGGACUAUAAUAUUGUUGUUAUGUGUUUACUAGCUGGUGUAUAUAGCAUUAUCUCAGCUGUAAUAAUUGUGAUUCAGCUACUGUCUAGCUUCUACUCUAUCUACUUUGGUCUGUUGGUCGGCAUUGGCGGUAGAGUGCCAAGUAGCAAUAUAGAUAUUCAACUAGGUGAUAUAGUUGUGAGUUAG